AUGUUUACGAUCGGCCAAGCGCCCAACGACGCGGUCGUGUUCCUCGAGAAGGACCAUCUCGACCGCGAGACGCUCAAGCAGAUCGAAGCCAUCGCGGCCCAUGCCUCGGUCGCACACGCGCGCAUCAUGCCGGACGCCCACAAAGGCAACGGGUGCUGCGUCGGCUUUACGUGCCACUUGACGCCAACGGUCUUGCCGGGACUCAUUGGUGGCGACAUUGGCUGCGGC